AAUCCGGUCAGCGAAUCUGAAACAAAAUCGCGACAAAUUCGGAAACUUCUCUUGUUUACGAAAUCAUCGAGAAUGUUGCCGAUUCUGGAGAAAUUGUUUUCGAUAACGAAACAAAUUGUUUCCAAAAUCGCAAACAUCGUGUUUUCGGUGUAUUUUUCUGCCUCUGCUCGCCGCAGCAGGCCGCAGCCAAUGCGUUACGCGACGUCAAAGUCAGCUGGACGCGCUCUGCAAAACCAAAACAAACAAAAAUCGCGCAAAAAUAUCCAAUAUUCCGUGUGGAGCAGGUUUCGGAGAUUGUGGUCCCAUAGAAUCCGACCACGUUUACCCGGACAAGAAGCUGUCCGUGAAGGCGGCGGGGAGGAAGGGUGCUAACAGUUCUUCUCGGUUCUACGUGGAGUUGACUCCGAGUCGAAAAGGCGCAUCAGAACCGCCGGAAGAUGCUGAAUCUGUUUUAGGUGAUCCAUUUUCUGACGACCCAGUGCGAACGGAUCGUAAAGUAGACCAGUUGACCAAGUGUUGAAUGCUGACCUCAAAACAAGCAGCACAGCAUCAAGAACGAUCAAACCUCACUAGUUUGACAAACUCUACUAGAUCGACCAUGAGAAAGAACAUGAAGAGUUCUUCGGGAGGAUCAACGAGGACUUCUUUGGAAUCUGCUGCAAACUGAAAUCGCUUUUCGCUGCAACUUCUGAAGUGUUGCUCAAUCUGCAAACUUUGGCUGGUCGUUUUGGUCGAUUGAUCUCGAUCCGAUGAACGUGAUUGGUGAAAACGGUCGAGCUGAAGUAGAAUCCUACACGCUUUGCGGCGUAAAUCUGUACGCUUUGUCGCCUCAAUUCUAUCGGUCUACGGCUCGCAGUUGCACCGUGAGUUCGGCAAACACCUUCACGGAUCCGACUGCUGGCGGAGAUUCUGGGGACUUGUUCCAGGUGGACGGUCUUCUAGUGGAGGCCACCCCGCUCAAGUCGAUUCUCGAGGUGAAGGUCAGCGGUCAACCUCCAGGACUUCUGGCGGUACGCGAAUCCGCUCAAAGGACGUGCCAGCUCGUUGCGUGACGCUGGAAAUCAGCCGGAUCGACGACCCAAGCACGCUGCACCGGUCUCAGCACCUCUAUCCGGGUGGCCCCGCCGCCGACGUCACCGAACACGAGAAGGACCUGUACAAUCAGUUGCCGCGGUGCCGGCCACAAAUAUUUUGGCAAGUAGAGCAGCAACGAGUGCAUUUCGGCCACGCCACCUUCUUUACAUACUGCUAGCACCGGGAAUCACGUCACGUAACAUGCCAACGGCGGCACCGACGCCCAGCAGUAACCUGCUGCCCCGCGGACAUCCAGGACGACCAGAUCAGAACAAUCGACGACUGAUAGAAUCAAAAUUCCGUAGUAAACCACUCACACAAUUGCUUUGAUUUUGUUUUGAAUUAUGAAUAAAUAAAUAAAAACAUUGAAACCUU